GUGCCCAGAUAUUAAGUACUGAUUAAUUUUUAUUAAAUUGCAACAGUUGUUUCUUAUUUAUAGUUAUAGAAACGUGGGAUCUAAUACAUUUAUAGAACAAUUAAUUCUAUACAUCAAAUAUUUGUACAUCUUAGUUUCAGCCUAUCAGAUAAGGAACGGUUACUUGUAUCGGCAUGCAAGUUCAUUUCUUUGGUCACGAUAUACAAUAUUCAACUUGAUGGCUUACAAACUGUAAGAUAAUUUUAAAUUGAUAUUAAAAUAAAUUAUAAACAAUUUAAUAUUUUAAAAGAUAUUACUAUUGUCCAUUUGUACACGAAAUCCGCACAGUAUUGGAUUGGAUAUGGACGGAUUCGUCGUUAACAAUUAUGGAAUGGUUCAAAAUGGAUGAGCUUUUCACCCAUGUGUGUUGUGUUAAGUGCGUUUAUAAUUUUCGUCAGUUAGUAGACAAUAAACGAGGUCAAAAUGUACCCUGGAAAUUUAAGCUAUUUGUUGGUGGAGGGAUUAUAAUAGCAAUAUUGUCAGUAAUAAUAUUUCCAUUAGUAUGGUUUUCUAUGUUUAAAAGUGAACCAGACACGCCGUCUUCAAUGGAAUUAACUGUAACAUUUGGAGAAGAUUCAACUGUGUUCUCCACCAAGUCAGAUGACAUACAUAGGUAUUCUAAGUUAAGCAUUCUCUUUAAUAUAAUAGAUUACUAA